AUGGACGACGACCUGUCGUUUGGCGCAUCAGUCUGGGGCGCGCCCGCAUCACCCUAUGCCCUCAAACCCAUCGCGCCCGCAUUCUCAGCCACCACUUCCAGCCAAGACGGCUUUGACGACUUCGACGCAUUUGGGGCACCUGAGGAGACGCCUGCUACAUCGGGCGACGACGCAGAUGAUGAUUUCGGAGACUUUGGAGACUUUGGGCAGCCGCAGGAGAUGGGCGAUGUUUCCGCCUUUGGCGACGAGGACGCUUUCGGAGAGGAGGUGCGGAUACCGCGACCAGGCCCGUCAUCAGCAGAUUGGGAACCACUCCGACUGGAUUCACUGUCGUCAAAGCAGGACCUGCAAGAACAGGUCGACGAGCUGCUCGGUCCACUAUGGGCGACCAUCGACGAGUCUCAACUCUUCGAUGAGGACAUUAGACAGGCGGGAGGGCUGAAUCAGACGCUAACGACUCGUGAGAGCCGCGACCUGUUCCAAAUACUGUUACCCUCCGCGCCACCCGCCCUGCCACCUGUGAAUUGGACGCGGUCGCGUAUCCGGCGGCGACAUCUCAUUUCACUCGGCAUUCCCGUAAAUCUCGAUGAAGUCCUCCCGAAGACAAAUGGCAGAUUGCCGGCCCUCGAAAUCACAACGAGACCGAUGUCUGCGCCUCCUGGGCCGCGUACGGCGCCUGUACAGAGAUCCAUGGCAGGUGCGGGCAACCCUCAGGCAGGAAUGUCGCGUCCUGGGACGCCUCGUCCGGCCACUCCGAAGACGAGCGUGGGCGCUACAUCCUCUGUUGCUGCUCAGCUGCGGCUUGGACCGCGGCCAGAACUAGACGAAUCAAAAGUCACAGAAUUGCUUGCGUUGGAUCCAGAUAACUUAACCCUUCUGCCCAUAUCCGCGCUAGAGAAAUACUCUGCAGACUUACAGAUGCAGACUAUCAAUACGUCGUCGGUACUUACCCACCUGUUGCAGACACGAGAUGCCUUGCGGCAGGACUCAGAGACAUACAACAAGCUGAUUGGAGAGCUUGUGGGGGAGGCGCAAAAAAUCAAGACGGGGAAACGAGUUGCUGGAGGCAAGAGAAGUACCAUGACAUAG